AUGAGCUCCAAAGCCGAACGGAUCCAGGCCAAGCGUCAUCAGCACGCGGCCGACGAGCACGAGCUCGACCUGUUUCUCAAUGCACCGCAGCGCGCACCACUACCUUGCAAUCCAAACGCAGCUCCCACCGCUGAAAAUGGCGCACCCGAAGCUUCAGGAGCCAACGACCAAGUUCCACCUCGAGGAAGUACCGACACCGGUGCAUUGCUGCCUGGUUUGGUGAUUCUCAAGGGGUUUCUGUCGCCCCAGGAGCAGCAGGAGCUGGUGGACGACUCGAGGCGGAUGGGCAUGGGAGAAGGAGGCUUUUACAAGCCCACGUACGCCAGCGGGGCCAAGUGCCGACUGCACCAAAUGUGUCUCGGCCGCCACUGGAACGUCAAGACGGAGAAGUACGAGCAGCGCCGCUCCAACCACGACAACGCACCGGUGCCUCCACUGCCCGAGAGCUGGAAGAAGUGUGCGCAACGGAGUCUGGAGGCAGCGAGGGAGAUCGACCCGCAGGUGAUGGGGACCUGCAAGCACAUGACGCCCGACAUUUGCGUCGUCAACUUCUACAAGAAGGCGGGCAGGAACGGCAUGCACGUCGACAAGGACGAGAGCGACGAGGCCAUGAGCAUGGGCUCGCCUGUCAUCUCGUUCUCGAUCGGCUGCGCGGCCGAGUUCGCCUACAUCGACCACUACCCGGAGCCGCACGAGGCUGUGCCCAUUGUGCGCCUGGGAUCCGGCGAUGCGUUGGUGUUCGGCGGCCCGGCGAGGAAAGUGGUGCACGCGCUGACGAGGGUGUACAACAAUACCCAGCCAAAGUGGCUGAGGAUGCGCUCCGGGAGACUCAACCUGACUUUUCGAGAGUACAAGCCAAGCGAGCUUGCAUGCUAA